AUUGUGGACACCGCUGGUCAGCAGGUUUGACCCAAACAAAACAACGGAACAGCAUCUUCUGUUCUGGCAAGAUUUUACACUUGAUUCCUAUUGAUCAAGUUUAAUACUCACGCGAGAAGAACGCAUAAGUACCAAGGAUAUUUCACUAUGCAGCCGUUCAGGACGACUGCCAAACAAGAAGAGAAGCCGGAAUUUAUCUCACAUUUUUGCCCUACACACACGGAAGAAGCCUUCUUCUCCAUGAAACAAAUGCGAUGCAACUCUGAGCUCUGUGACGUUGUGUUACUAGUUGGUGAUCGUCGAAUUUAUGCACAUAGACUCGUACUAGCAGCCUGUAGUCAGUAUUUUCAUGCAAUGUUUACUAGUGAACUCCUUGAGAGCCGGCAGAAGGAGAUCUCUUUACAGGGUCUUCAGCCAGACGCUAUGGAACUCCUAGUCGAAUUUGCAUACACGGCUAGAAUCCAAGUGAGUGAAGACAACGUGCAGGCUCUCCUGCCGGCAGCCAGCUUGCUGCAGCUGGAAAGCGUCAAAGAUGCUUGUUGUGAAUUUCUAAAGAAUCAGCUUCACCCAUCAAAUUGCCUGGGAAUUCGGUCAUUUGCAGAUGUUCAUGUAUGCACAGAUUUGCAUGAGUCUUCUUACAGAUUUGCUUUGCAACAUUUUGUGGAAGUUUCUCAGACUGAAGAGUUUAUGUUGCUUAAAGUCAAUGAAGUAUUAGACUUGAUAUCUAGUAAUGAUUUGAAUGUUAAAAAUGAGGAGCAAGUGUUUAAUGGGGUGAUCUCUUGGGUCAAACACGAUGCAGACAGCAGAAGGAAAUACAUAGCACGUUUAUUACAUCACGUGAGACUAUGCUUAUUGUCCAGGGAGUGCUUGAUGAUGAGAGUUGAAACAGAAGAAAUGAUCAAAGGGUCAGAGGAAUGUAAGGAUUUGCUGAUAGAAGCAAUGAAGUACCAUUUACUGCCAGAGAAGAGAAUGAUGCUUGAAUGCACAAGAAGUGAGUGCCGUAGACCCUCAGGCCAAGUCCCCAUCUUGUUUGCUAUUGGUGGCGGCAGUCUGUUUGCAAUACACAGUGAGUGUGAAUGUUAUGACCCUCGUAUUGACAGGUGGUGCAUGAUCACCCCCAUGUCCACAAAAAGGGCGCGGGUAGGUGUAGGCGUGGUUAAUGGGUGUAUCUACGCUGUUGGUGGCUACGAUGGCAGUGUUGACUUGGCGACUGUUGAAGUCUACUGUCCUCAAGAUAAUCAGUGGAGCACAGUCACUCCAAUGGGGACUCGACGAAGCUGCUUGGGUGUGGCGGUUAUAAGCGGGCUUAUAUAUGCAGUAGGAGGAUAUGAUGGUGCGUCAUGUCUGAACAGUAUAGAGAGAUAUGACCCUCUAACAGCACAAUGGACCUCAGUGGCAGCAAUGAGUACUAAAAGGCGUUAUGUGCGUGUAGGAGUAGUUGGUGGUAUCAUCUACGCUGUGGGAGGAUACGAUGGGAGCUCACAUCUCAACACUGUUGAGUGCUUUGAUCCAGUUACUAACACAUGGAAAUCAGUUGCAAACAUGGCUAGUCGGAGAAGCAGUGCCGGGGUUGUAGUGCUCAACAAUAUGCUGUAUGUUGUUGGUGGUAAUGAUGGUGCAUCAUGCUUAAACACCAUGGAGAGAUACAACCCCGAAACCAAUACUUGGACCUCUCUUGCAGCCAUGAGCGUCCGCCGUAGCACCCACGACAUUGCCAUCAUUGAAAGCUGCCUGUAUGCUGUGGGUGGGAAUGAUGGUAGCUCAAGCCUGAACAGUAUUGAGAAAUAUGACCCUGCAACUAAUAUGUGGAGUACUGUGGUGCCCAUGAGUACUAGGCGAAGCAGUGUAGGAGUUACUGUUGCUGGUGUCCUUGUAGUUUAACCCAUGACUACCUAAUGACUAACAAGGCUGAUGUUUCUGACAGUUUCAAUUGUCUAUGACUGAACUGCUUGGCAGUCGUUACUGAACUAUCGAGUUAUCAAGGCCUUGGGAGCCAUAUUUUAUUUAUUUGUUGUCAAUUUUCUGCAAUCUUUUAUAUAAUUUCACAAUAGAGGAGUGCAAGUUUCUAGCUAGUAUUCUUGUAGGAGCACAACUCGGGUCCAAUAUUUUGCCCCAGGCUUGGUGAACUAGACAUUUUCACUAUAUAUGUGGUGGAUAAUGGAAUGGGAAUUCUUGUGAGCUCUUUAUCUACUGGUAGUUAUUUUACUAAAUGAGGGAAUUCACUUCCCUGAUCAAAUAGAUUUCCCUUUAAGAUUUUUGCCAUUAGUCUAUACCCUAGAGGCCUGGCAGGAAAAGUCUACUUGUUCUCUGAUUAAAAGAUAGAGAACUUAUCAGCCGUUAGUGAAGUGUUUUAGCUGUGUGUUUAUUCCAUAGAUUUUAAUUAAAUUUCAUUUUAGAAAGAUAAUAAUGUAAAAAGAUUAUUUAAGAUCUUAAUAGUGCUUGCUGGGCAGGCCAAAAGAAGCCCUGUUCAAUUGAUUUCUAAUAAAGAGAUCUGAAUACCUAUAA